AUGAGUUCUUCAAGUACAGAGUCCCUUGAAGUUGAAUUCUCAACCUUUUAUGACUAUUAUGAUACUUAUUAUGAUGCUCCAAAACUAUGCAGUAAAGAAGGCGUCAGGAGGUUUGCAGCCUCCUUCCUACCUGUUCUGUAUUCCCUGGUAUUCCUGGUCGGGCUCGUUGGAAAUAUUCUGGUCAUCGUGGUUCUCUUAAAAUACAAGAGGCUGAAGAGCAUGACUGAUGUGUACCUGCUAAACCUCGCCAUUUCAGAUUUGCUCUUUGUUUUAUCCUUGCCAUUCUGGUCUUAUUUCUCAGUAGACCAAUGGGUUUUUGGAACUCCUUGGUGUAAAAUCAUUUCGUGGAUCUACCUGGUUGGGUUUUUCAGUGGGAUAUUUUUUAUUAUGCUAAUGAGCAUAGACAGAUACCUGGCAAUUGUCCGUGCAGUGUUUUCCUUGAAAGCAAGGACUGCCUUCCAUGGCUUGAUUACUAGCCUUGUUGUAUGGCUAGUAGCUCUUUCCGCCUCAGUCCCUGAGCUUGUAUUUAGAGAGUCUUUUAAUGAACAUAAUUAUACUACCUGCAAGCUGAUAUUUCCAGGCAAUUUCACAACCUGGAAACUUUUUUCCACUUUGGAAGUCAACAUUUUAGGGCUCCUAAUCCCUUUUAUAAUUAUGACAUUUUGCUACUCCAUGAUCAUUAAAACAUUAGUUCAUUGUAGAAAUGACAAAAAGAAUAAGGCUGUGAAGAUGAUUUUUGCUGUCAUGAUUGUGUUUUUCUUUUUUUGGACUCCCUACAACAUCGUUAUUUUCUUACAACUGCUGGAAUUUAUGGGAGUCUUUAAAGACUGUCAAGUGAGCAGAAGCCUGGACUAUGCUUUCCAGAUAACUGAAAUCCUUGGUCUUUUUCACUGUUGCCUCAAUCCAGUCAUCUACUUCUUCAUGGGGGAGAAGUUUAAGAAGUACCUGAAGAUGCUCUUCAAGAACUGGCAGUUACCUGGGUAUUUCUGCAAGUGGUGUGGAGUUCACAUCACUUACCACCCUGAAUCUACUAGUUCAUUCCAGACACAAUCUACAGGGGACCAAGAUGGUCUGUAA